GGGAGAUCUCUUUAGUUGUGAAGGUUAGUUUUGUAUGAAUGGUUGUUUCUUAUGUUUGUAUUCUUUUAAGUGUAGCUUUUUUUACUCUUUUUGAGCGUAAGGGGUUAGGGUAUGUUCAAAUUCGCAAAGGGCCUAAUAAAGUAGGAUAUAUAGGAGUAAUUCAGCCUUUAGCUGAUGCUUUGAAGUUAUUUUUGAAAGAGGAAAGGGGAAUUAGAGUAUCAAAUAAAGGACCUUAUUAUGUGGGGCCGGGGUUGAGUUUAGUUUUAUCUUUAUGUCUUUGAUCUUUAUAUUGAACUAAUUUUAGGGUAUGGAGGAUAGAGCUUAGAGUUAUGUUUUUUUUGUGUGUUUCUGCUCUUAAUGUUUAUGGUACUAUGGUUAGGGGGUGAGCUUCUAAUUCUAAGUAUUCGCUUCUUGGGGCUCUUCGAGCAGUGGCACAGACAAUUUCUUAUGAAGUGAGGUUAUUUUUACUUUUAUUAUCCGUUAUUAGCUUAAGAGGUAGAUUAAGUUUUAGUAAGAUUGGCUUAUUUCAAUAUUCAUUUUGGAACAUAGUAAUUUUGUUUCCUGUUUUUUUUAUAUGGCUUGUUGUUUGUGUGGCGGAGACUAAUCGGGCUCCUUUUGACUUUGCUGAAGGAGAAUCAGAGCUAGUCUCUGGGUUUAAUGUAGAAUAUGGUGGAGGUGUUUUUGCUCUAAUUUUUCUUGCUGAAUAUGCAAGAAUUUUGUUUAUAAGAAUAAUAACUUCCAUUAUUUUUCUAGGGGAACAAAAUAUAAGGAUUUUUAGUCUUUUUUUUUUCUGAAGUAAGGUGGUGAUUGUUAGAUUUUUCUUUAUUUGAAUUCGAGGGACUUACCCCCGUUUUCGUUAUGAUCUUCUAAUGAAAUUGACUUGGCUGAGUUUGUUGCCAGUUUCUUUGUUUGUGUUAGUUUGAGGAGUUGCUUUUAAAUUUUUAGUUGUAGUUUUUGGGAUCAGAUAGCAAGAUAUCUUGUUUUUUGACUUCCAAUGCCAAUGUUUUGUUUUAAACUACUAUCUGGACA